CUGGAGACCUUUCCUGAUCUACAGAAACAUUUCUGCUGGGAGUGUGGAGAUUUGGGGGCUUGUUUUCUGAUCUCUCUGUGAUAAUGGAUACGCCAGGUAAGUGAUCCCUGUAUAUAGGAAGCCACCCUGCAGGGCUGUAUAUUUAGGGUUACCAGAUCCACCAUGUUUACAGGGAUUCAUAUCACAUUAACAUAUUGGUGGGCAGCACAUGAAAAGUAUGUAGAAUUCAGAAAGUGUGUAAGACGAAGUAACAGGACAAUGAAGAAUCUUGUAGAAUAUAAUGCAGGGCAACCCUAUUCAUGCAUUUUCACUUGUGUAAAAACAUGGUGGAUCUGGUAACCCUAUCUCUAUAUUGAGGAUUAUUAUUUCAUCCAAUAUAUAACUGAUGUCUAGAGAUCACUGUAUCUCAAACACUCCUUUGCUGCCACAAAAUAAAUCACAAAUUAGUAGAUAUAUCCAAUUAAUACCUGCUUGCUUCUUAUACUGGGGUAUAUCUAAGUAGUCUGUAAAAGCUACAGAUUACUAGUCUUCAGCCUUUGCAAUCCCUCCCUUUCUUGCCCCGCCCAGGCUUUCUGUGACUGUCCAAUCAGAUUAUCCAAUGCAGCUCAAUGAGAAGUCUUCAUAUGGCCGGUGCUCUGGGUAAAUGCUGCCUCUUGAGCUUAGCUCCUGUGUUCCUAACCAAACCAGGAAGUAACCAGUCUGAUUGCCAGGGUGUGUAACAAGGUUAAUUUAUGAAACCUGCACUUCUUGUAAAAUGAACAAGCACCCUCCUCACACAUGGUGCUUUGGGUUCUGGAGAGUCAUACUAAUUACUCCUAUAUUAAGGUAUAGCACUCCUAGUUCAGCAUCUGAUAUAAUAUUGUUUACAUAUAUAAUAUGUAUUGCACACUCCACCUGGCAGACCAACUGUAGAGAAUACUGAUACUUCAUGCUAUGGAAUACUGGGGAAUCAAGUGAACUUAAAUGUUGGUGUUCCAUUAUGCUGUACCUUGUGCUGUCUCUAUGUGACAGGUUUAAAGGCACACUCCAGAAUGACUAAGUGAACUGUGUAACUCUACUGGAGACCCACCAUAAUCUUAUCUGGAGCUGGAAAGCAUUACGCAAAGCCUGGUGGCACAGGGAGGCACUUAUUGGCUCAGUUGAUGCGCUCAUGCCUCUGCUUAGUGGAGCUAAUGAAAGAUACAUGGAGGAUGCCAGGGCACUCUUGGCACCAUAACUACUACAGCAGACUAUAGUGUUUGGAGUGUUCAUUUUAACUUUUUAUAUAAAAAAAAAAAUACUGCCAGAGUAUAUUCAAGCUAUAUUCGCAAUAACAGACUUCCAUUUUAUAUCUUUAGUGAGGUGUGUGUAGAUGUAUGAUGUGGCAAGACUUUCAAUAUCAACCUAACUGGACUUGCUGUGCUGCCUGUCCUUUAAGACAAACUGCUACAACCAAAUCCACCAUGAUAUCUAUAGUAGUUGGUGUCUCUACCAGAUGAAACCAACUUGUUGCCAUUUUAAACUUCUCUUAAUGUCCCAGUGACCAAAUCUGACCCAGCUUUCUAUAAACAUAUGAAAUGUAGGGGUUUGUAGCGUAUGUCUAUUGACCUCUGGUUUGAAGAUAUAAUCUAUAAAAAAAAAAAGCCACUGCUGGCACUCACCACAACAAUUAAACUCUAAAACAAAACCCUAGCUUCUUGCGAAAUUGGAAGUGCUUAAACUUUUUUUUUAUUUUUUAUUUAUUUUUUUUGGAUCAGCAGCAAAAACCAAAUGUGAGUAAGGCUGAGCUUGAUGGACACAAGUCUCUUUUCAGCUAUGUAACCAUUCUCUAGAUAGACCUAACCUACAUUAAUGAAAGGCACAAUAUAGUUAUGGCCCUACAUUAAGCAUAGACCAUCUCUCAGCUACCACCUUAUAACAUAAUGAUGGCAAAUGAAUUGUUUUACCUAUGCAAUGAUUAGUAAUAUAUUGUUAGUCAUGUCCUGCUUUAUACUUCUGUGUUAUUACUAGCUAGAAGUGUAUACUAUAUAUAGGGCUUGGAAGAAUGACUGGUCAGUAAACCUGAUUAUAGUAAGAUACUCAUGCUUUGAAAGGGUUAAACGUGCAUUCUUUAAACAUACUAUAUAUUUUUCUGUUGAGAGCCUGACACUAGGUUCCACUAUCUUGUAUAAACAUCCUGCCAUUGGAAAACAUUCUUUCUAACCACCUGCAAAUUAACUGAGUUACUAAAUUACUGUCAUCUACAUCAGUUAGAAAAGAUGCUCUAGACAUGUGCCGUAGGUCAACUGUAAUACAUAAUGUUAUGAGAAAAUUGAACAGCUUACUCUAAAAAUGCUAUGAUUGAUUUGUCUUUUUGCACACACCCCUAUGAAAACUGUUCAUAUAUACCAGGGGUUCUCAACCUGGUCCUCAAUGACCACUGAACUGUCCAGGAUUUAGGGAUUACCCUGCUGUGUCGUGUGUUUUUUUUUUUUUUUUAAGGGUGGGGGAACAAACACUUUAGACACAACAGGGUAAUCCCUAAAUGCUGGACUGGUAGGGGGUCCUUGAGGACUGGGUUGAGAACCCCUGAUAUAAAGGCUGUACCCACACUAAAGCCACUAAUAUUCUGGAACUUCAUAAUGACUGUUGUACUUUAAUUGUUCUCUGCCGUGAAUAUACAUAAAAGGAUUAAGGAAAGCAGGGUGUUAACAGCAUAAGUCCAUGGCAGCAUAAUGGUUACAGAUCCUGUAAAUGUUGCAGCCCAACACAUAAUUAGCCUUAAAUAGAAAGGGAGAUGUCUAGGUAACCUAAAAUAUAGAUGACUUGACUAUAGUAACAAUCUUGCAUUCAAACGUCAAUGACUUGACCAUUCAUCUACUCUAUAAAUACUUGGCGCACAGGUCUCCACAAUUGCCCUCCUAGUUGCACUUUAUGUAGAUUUGUCAGUCUAGUAGUUUAUCAAAGCUAAUCUGACUAUAGACAUUAGUUCAGGUGUGGUACCUCCCAAACCUGCACCACUAACCCAGUAUCUGUACAGAGGGGAUAUGUUGAGCUUGUAACUUUAUUUACAAUAUCUGUACAGAGAUGUGUGAAUUGUGCCCUUUGCUACUUGCACGAUUAUCUGGGCCCCUUACCACUGAUUUCUGACUCCAACUCUGGUUGUAGCAUGAGCAUCAAUGCUAAUUAUAAUUGUUAAUCUGCCUGAGACAUGUUCUGGAUGUAACCUAUUGACCUUCAUUAACUUGUUGGUUCGUAUGGAGGUAAUUCUAAGAAAUGGCUCAGACUGUAAAAUAUCUAUUUCUCUUUGAAUUCCAGAUACCAUCCUGUUUGCUGUGACCCAUAAACCCAAAAUUGCUCGCGUUGGAUUACCCCCCCAUCAUGUCGACGAUAACUUUAAUGCCAGAUCUCUUGUUAUAGGGAAAAUGUAUGAUGCCACUAAAAUUACAUUUAGCCCUGAGGGGGAUUUGUUUGCGGUCCGUGGUCCUAACCUGUUCAGAGGACCCAUGCCUUCAGAUCCAAAAAAGGACUGGUUCCCCACUGCUAAAAUGGUUGGUACAGUCGACUGGAACAAAUUUAAAUUCCUCUUCUUCUUUGAUCCCAAUGGACUCCUGUAUGCUGUGACAAAGAAUGGGGAGUUCUACAAGGGUCCGGCCCCUGACAAUGAAAACAUGUCCUGGCUCUAUCGCCAAGCCACCAAAAUCGGACAAGGUACAUGGGAUACAUUUCAUGCACUCUUCUUUGACAACAAAGGGAUUUUGUAUGCUGUAACCAAUAAUGGUACUCUUGUAAUGAGAAGCCCUCCGACCAGAGUGGGUGAUGACUGGCUUGGAACAAGCACAACCAUUGGAAUUGGAGACUGGCGCCCUCUAUGCCAUUUCAUAGAUUUCAGUCCUGAUGACUACCUGUGGUGUGUGAAUAAAAACAAUGGUAAGAUUUACAAAGGUCUCCCUCCAACUGCUGCAGAUCCUGGCUCCUACCUGAAAAAUGCAGAGUAUCUUGGCUAUAACUACAACACGUACCGCUUCCUUGCCUUUUCCAUUGAUAAAACAAUUCAGAGCAUUGGGAGUUUUGAAUUCCUGCCAGAUUCAGGUGAAAUCCUAUCCCAAGGCAUAGAGGUCUUGCAGAGCCAAAUAUACACCAACACAAGCAGCUCUACAUUAAAGCACAGCUUCUCGUAAGUAUAACUGAAAGCCAAAUUAACUUCGGCUCAAAUCUUUCAACUAUUAAUUCAAUACCCUCCCCUUCCCAACUUUUGCUGUGUACAUAUGAUCACACAACACUGACCUAACCAUUAUUUACUAGCCCUAAAAUUUCAACUUUGAGUCACUCGUGGCUGUGUUGGUCAUACUUUAUCAGGCUAACUAUAAGCCAUGUCUUAAUGAAUAACCUUGCUAUUCUCCAAGUUUCUAACUCGUUACUGCCUGAACAAGUCUUAUGAAAUCCUAACUUUUUUUUUUCUAUUAGGUUUUCCAAAACUCUUACAGAGACCAGUACCUUCACCCAGGAACAUGGUUUCACAGUGUCUUAUGGGUCUGAGACCACCUUUUCAGCUGGAAUCCCCUUUAUCUCCAAAACAGAAACAAAGAUUUCAGUCAACACAAGCACAACUCACACCUGGAGCUUGACCAAGACAAAUACAACUGAGGUAAAUAAAACUGUUAGUGUUAAAAUGAAUGGUAAUGCAAUGUAUUGCAUGAAUCCAAUUUACCCUUCUAAGGCGUAAUGUCAUUGUUUUGUUCAUUAUGGCUUUAAUGGAUUGUUUCAGUAGUAUGUAUCAAAUUAUAUUUGGUUAUUUAAUUAAAAGUGAACUUGAAUUGUAUGCUGAGUUAUAAAUCCCUUAGUAAGCUAGUAUGAGUUCCAACACUUCAGCCAACGUCACACUCAAUUUGAAUUGAACAUGCAAGAUUGACUCACUCCCAGAAUGGAGCAUGGUGUUGGUUUUUACAUGAAAAUCUCACUAGGGUUCAAGGUAGAGGAAAGACAAUAGAAUAGAAUGAGUCACUUUAAAAUGCAUAACCUUUAUCUAUAGAUAUACUACAUGCACUCUAGUCACUUAUCUGUAGAGAAACAAAGAUCAAGGAUAGGGCCCUAUCCCAAAUUACAGGGUAAGAAACAGAUUCUCAGAAAAUGCUGAGGAGAUAUGUAGGUUUUUUUUUUUUUUUUUUAAAUGCUCACCCUAAAAUGGAGGGGAGACAUAUCCAGGCAGCUUAUUUUAAACCAGGAAGUGGAGACAAUGUUUCGGCUUCCUGGCUUCAAAUAAAGACAGCCAUUUUAGUAACUAAUUCUGAAGAGGAUUCGUUUGGCUGUUAAGGUGGGUCUGCCUUGACAGGACAGGUUUUGGUCAGGCACAAUUCUCUAUGAACUAGUUUAUGAACCACAUGGGAAAGAUGCUAACUGCAGGUCCAGUGGAAAGGUCCUAUUUAGGCAGGGGGUGUAGUCUAGCAAAAUGUAUUUAGCAUGGGGCAGAAUCACCAGUCAUGCAGUUGCAUACCAAGAGCUCCAAAGACACAUUAAGGAUCUACUCAGAUCACCUAUUUCAGAGGCAUUUUAUAAUUGCCAAACAGAGGCCCUGACCAGCUAGUAUUCAGCAGUAAGGACUUAAAAAAUUUAAAAUGGAUAAAAACCUAAUAAACUGACACUCCCAUAUAAGUAACAAUAUAUACAAUUGACAAUAUAGUGGGUGUAUAAAAAAGUAGAUACAAUAAUUUGAAUACCUAAUAUAGACAAUUUUCUAAAUGUUCCUGACUGCUGCCUCAGAGCCAAACUUUUGGUAGUUCAUGUAAAUUAGGUUUACGGGGAGGGUUAGCAUUAACUCUUUUAACCCGAACUCUGCUGUCCCGACAUGUGCAGUAUUCACCAGCUCAUACGCUGGUGACCUGGCAUUCCAGCAUGUGAGCCAUCUUCUGAUGAUCAUAGUUAUCGUGCUCAGCAGCUGGCCAAGCCCAGCAAUGAUCCAUGUUGGCAGGGAGACACUGUCCAUCUGUUAAGGGACAAUCUGAGACUCUGUAGCAGAGCAUGAUUGCUCUUCUGCAGUGACUUGACUAGCUACAUGCAUAUCUCAGUUUGUUUGCUGCACACAGCCUGUUAGUUAGGGGCCACUAAAUGUCAACUGAUACCAGUCUAGAUUUAACCCUGCUCACUCCAGAACUGCAGGACAUUCCAUACAUUCUAAUGGUGCUAUAGUCUACUAUUCUGCAGGACAGCAUGAAAUGUCCUAACAUAGUGAAGGGGUUAACCUUAAUCUGUGGAAUUUUUUUUUUAUUUCCAACUGCAAGCUAACUGUAUAAUCUCUCCAGGUGCAAAACUUCUCACAUGAAAAUGUAGCAAGGUGCCUAGUAAUGGCUUUCACGACCCAUGAUAAACCUCCAAACCAAAAUACACAUGUAUACACUUGGACCCUGAUCUUUAGAUACUGAAUAAUCUCUUCAGUAACUGGCAACACAUUUAACAAUCCAGGUCAGAGUUUCCCUUUCUUAAAUCUGGUAUGACAUGAUGCAGAUCAAUCAACAUAUUGUUCCACAUUAAUUUGAGGAUUAUGCAAGAGGCAUAACUCCAUGUUAAUGCCAGACAAGUAAUGAUUACAUCUGUAUUUUCUUAUUUCUUGACAGACCACUUUCUCCUCCAGCACGGAUGUGGAGGUUCCAGCUGGCCGCAAUAUACGCAUGGUAGCCACUGUUCUAAAGGGAGAAAUGAAUGUUCCAUACCGAGCCAAAAUCCAAACCUUGUUUGGCUAUGAAACCAUCAUUCAGGGAAUGUGGAAAGGAGUCACUCACUACAACCUGACUGUUUCACAAGAGGACUAUAAACCAUGAUAUGGGCAGAUGUUCUGCCACUAAUGUAACCCUCUCUGUAUAAUGGGUAGAUUCAGUCCUCACAUGGACGAAGCUGUGAUGUCCACUACAUUGUGGGUCAAGUCAAAUGUCUCAAUGACCUGUCUUCUGUAAAUGUUAUCCAAUUAAAAAUCU